CAAAGAUGGUGGAGGCAUUAGACGUGUUGACCUUUCGCCGCUAACAAUAAUCUCGUAUUUAGUUCUCCAAAUUUGAUGCUUUGACAACAGCGAAGACCAUUCGACCAGGGAUUGUGAUGGGGGAAUUUGGAGAAACGAGAAAGGGACAAAAUUUGGAGACGAUAAUUUCGAAGCUUUCUAAGGAGCAGCCGAACGGGAGACGAAACAGUUUUAUGCUGAUUUCAGGAAUAGACCAUUCCAAUGUCAUGUUUCACCUUGGGAAUGGAGGGCAUGAGUCCGAGGGAGAGGAAAGCGAACCAGACCUAUUCCAAUGUGGGAAAUGCAAACGAAUGUUUACCAGUCUACAGAAAUACCUGAAACACAAAGCAGCCAAGGACUGUGUUCAGCUUCAAACUCACGGACAGACAAGUGCGGUCAGCCCUGUUACGAACGGAGAGGUUUUUGACAGUCCUGAUGAGAAUAGCUCCAUUCAUAGUCCCACACGAAGGAAACACGACAGAAAAGGGAUCGCUCGUCGAGUGUCCAACUUCUCCUCUGAAGGAGAAUCCGUAAGUCCGGAUAUUCCAGUAGUCGUUCCAGAACAAGUUUACAGCGUCCCUCCAUCAUCCUUCCCUGUUCAUAUAGAAGCCCCUCCCACCUCCAAUUUCCACGACUUCUCCAACCCUGUCGUUAGUAUCUCUGUUGCCGAAGCUCUACGCUCGCAUAGUCCUGUGGUAGUCCAACCUACGCCUAAUUUCAACUCUUGGAAUGGAACGGUGAGUGAACAGGCCGAAAAUGUGAACCCGCCGACCAUGGCGACCAGCGUCUAUGCGCAGAUGCCAUCCGCAGCAGUGGUGAACCCCGCACCAGUUCUUUCCCACCAACACCCCAAUCAGUCGUCUCCAGCACCCAGUAUCGGCUCGUCACACGUCGACCAACAAUGGACAGGGACGAGGCUGAGAGGACUAACGGCUAUUCAACCAGCUGCUUCCCCCCAGGCUCCAGUCCACAUGACGAGGAGCAAAAAUGGACUGGGACAGCCUCCACCACUUGUGGUGCAUCUUAAGGACAGAGGUCGACCCGUGCGUGCAAAGGAAACUGGCCUUACAGAAGAAGAACUUACAGAAGAGUUUGUGACUUCCUCUGGUCAGAAGGUUUACAGAUGUAAAAAGUGUGACAAAGAGUUUUCGUUCUCUAGCCGUUUAAAACGCCAUCUUCUGGUGCACACGGGUGCGCGGCCGUUCGAGUGUCACGUUUGUUCCCGCCGCUUCACGCAAGCCGUGGAUCUAAAACGUCACAUGCUACGUCACAGUGGUCAGAAACCGCACGUGUGUCACUUCUGUGGGAAGCAGUACACGAGAGGCGAUCGGCUUAAAGUGCACUUGUUGUCGCAUACUCAAGAAGAUAAUUCGGAGAAGCCCUACAGUUGCUCAAGGUGCAGUGCUACUUUCUACGAAGCAGAGGAACUGCGACUGCAUGUGUGUGAAUUUCAAGAAGGUACACAACUGGUUGGAGGUGAUAUUGAGCUCAAUGACGCUUACGUAGAAGAGCGGGGAGGUAAGGUAGCCCGCACAGGAAAGAAUUAUUCGUGCGAGGAGUGCAAUUCCAGCUUCACCAAGUACACUUCUCUCAAGUCACACCUUCUUAAGCACACCGGUGAAAAGAAGUACAAGUGUGAGCAUUGUAACAAAACUUUCUUCAGCUCUAGUAGUUUAAAAAUCCACGUCCGAGUUCACACUGGCGACCGACCGUUUAAGUGCAAGGAGUGCCCGAGGAAAUUUAGUGACCCGUCGAACUUCAACAAACAUAAACGAUGGCACGCCAAACAAAAGGGCCCGAGUACAACGUCCGCAACAUUGUCGAGCAUCUCCGAAAACAGCUCGCCUUCCGAUGAUAAGACACAGAAGGAGGCUGCUGAUGCCGAAGAAAAUGGAUCGGGGCCGACCGAAAACGAAGUAACAGCCGAAGAAUCUGGUGCGAAAGAGGGUGACGCGAAAGAGGAUUUGCGAGAAGAUCUUUUCCCUGGGACGAGCCAAGAUAUGGAAACUGAGGAGACUGGAGGAUUUAAUUCGCCUGAGGCGUUGCUCAACAUGGGAUCUGAAUGCGAAACUAGUGUAAAACAAGAGAUAACGGACUAGUUAGGCUUUCAUGACCCUUGGGAAACUCUCUGAGCAAACGCCAUAGUUAAAACUCUUGGAUCAAUUUCAGUAUCUGAGCUACUCUGCACCUUCCCCUCCCCUAACCCUACAUUAACCCUCAGUUGUUUUCAGUUGACUAUUGCUGGGUUAGGGGAGGGGUAGGUGCGCAGUUGCCUAUGUACUGACAAUGAUUUAGAACAUUCUACAUUUUCUUAAAAAUGAAUCUCCUAUUUAUAUAAAUUGGCUUUGCAUUCUAAAAUGAUAAUGUAAGCUAGCUUAAAAAGUAUAUCUAAACAUCGCUUAAUGAAAGUGUAACACUUCACAGAUACAAUGCGUUGCUCUCCAUUUAACGUUUAAGGAAAUAUAUCGGAUUAGGUUUUAGAAAGAAUAGAUUUAGAUUUGAAUUUAUAUACUAUAUAUUAUUAUUAUUAUCGUUCUUAUUACAAAAAGAGCAAAAUGAUAACAGGGGUAGAGGACACGGGAUUUUGGUUUAGAAUAUGAAGCCUCAAUUCGAUGCACAAGACCCAGUUCUCUCCCAGGUUCGAAUCAAAGAAUAUUGAAGCCAUCUCGAAGUCUCUUUUAUAGAAUACACGUCAUUUACAUUCCUUCACGUGAGUAGCAUUUCGCGUCGUUUACCGUUAGAAGAGCUUCCUUUAUUAGAUCAUCGUGGGGGUGAUGAAAAUAUCUAUAUCGACAUGAAGUUAUGGAGUGCAACCUUAGAUAUAACGCUAAUUGCUUGCAGCUAAAA